AUGCAGGUGGGAGGUUUAUCCCCGAAAAUUUUCAGCAAAGCACACAACUUAGAACAUAACAUCACUAUGAGGACCGCAUUGACCUUUGCAUCUAUCGCUGCUGCCGGUGCUGUGGCAUACGCCGUAUACUUCGACUACAACCGUAGAAACAGCCCUGAGUUCAGAAGGCAAUUGAAGAAGAGACAACAGAAGGAGCAGAAACAAGCUGCCAAAGCACAGGAGGAGAGCAAAAAGUCUAAGAUGUUGGCUGUCAAGAAGGCAUUGACCGAAGACUUGGCUCAAAACCCACUUCCUACUGACUUGUCCAAGAAGGAGGAAUUCUUCUUGGAGAACGUUGCCAUCGGUGAACAAUUGGCCAACGACCCUAACAGCAAGAUCGAGGCUGCAUUGAAGUUCUACAAGGCCUUGGCUGUCUACCCUAACCCUACUGACAUUAUGGGUAUCUACCACAAGACUUUGCCAGAGGAUGUCUACGAGUUGUUGGUCAUGAUGAUUGCCCUCCAACCACCUGCCGCCAUUACCAACAUCAUUGGAGGACCUGGUGGUAUUUCUGGUGCUGCUUCUGCUGCUCCAGCUGCUGCUGCCGCUGCUGCUGCCGAGGCUGCUGAGGCUGUCGAGGCUGAGGCUGUUGAGGAGAUGAAGCCAUCCGAGACUGAUUUGGACUAA